AUGACUGAUAUCCUUGUCGAUGUAUUUCCCUCAAAAGUCACGGCGAAUGUUCUUCUAUUCUUAUCAGAUAGAGCAUUGACAACUCUCCUCCGGGGGUUACCUGAGGAAUCUGAGCUCAGACCUUUUGUACUAUCUAGAAUGUAUAAAACUUUGGAAGUAUUUCGCUCAGAGCAACUAGUUGAAGCAGCAAAUCUCAAUGCUCCCGUGGAAACUUUGUAUUUGCGAGGUGAGAAUGAUUAUGUCACAUUUUUCGAACAAAAUCCAGGUUUUGUUUCCCUCAUCUCUGAUGUUCAUCUCUGGCUUGACUGCUUUCAUGACUACGAGAAGUAUAGCAAGAUGGAAUUCCGGAGUAUUCAUUUGAACCUCGAACUGGCUGCAAAUUUAAAACUAUCUGAAGCACCUCGCAACUUGAAACUGAUACAUAUUGCUUAUGGUGGGUCAAACCCCAUCAAGAUGAAAGCGUGGCUCCCUUCAUUGACAUGCUUCAAAGUAAGUUGUCAUGCAAAUUUGAGACUCAUAGACCUACCAGAAGACCUUAAAGAGCUCAGUUGCGAAGAUCUGUAUGGUUUUUGGGGCUUGCUACCUCCAAGGCUCGAGAAGCUAGAGUUGAUCCUGAUGGAAUCAUUGUCAUCAAAUCUAACUUUCUUUCCGGAAUCGCUCAAAGAAUUACUGAUUAAACACUGUACUGGAUUUACUAUUGGUAAGCUAUUAACCAGAUUACCCGUGACAUUGAAAAAGUUAAGGUUGAAACACGUAACUAGAUUUUCUUCGAAUGAAAUACUCUUACCAGAAUCACUCGAGGAAUUGCUGAUUCGGAAUUGUUCUAUUUCUAAUAUGGAGAGCUUGACCUCCAGAUUACCUUCUAGCUUGAAAAAAUUGGACUUGAUCCUAACAGAACCAUCCUUUUCCAAUCAGAUUCUCUUUCCGAGUGCGCUAAGGGAGUUGAUUAUUGGUUGUAUUUCAGAUAUUGAAGAUGCUGUCGCUAGAUUACCUGCCAGUUUAAAAAAGUUGACUUUGGAACUUGACAUCGGUAGCAAGUUGGCAUCUCUCGAGUUCCCUGACUCCCUUGAAGUUCUAAAUCUUUCCUAUUGUGAAAUUGAAAGUCUUGAAGGUUUUAAAUUCCCAAAUUGUCUUGUUGAAUUUAACUUAGGAUGGAACAAUAUCAAGGAGUUGAAAAAAUCGAAAUUUCCCGAGUCCCUUACUGUACUAAAUUUGGAAAGGAAUGAAAUUACGACGAUUGAUUCUUGUGCAUUUCCACAAUCUCUUAUGGUACUAAAUUUGGAAAGAAACAAUUUCAGUUCGCUCAAUUGUGAGUUCCCCAAACUUCGGGAAUUAUAUGCAUCGGAAAAUAGUUUGAUUGCUUUGGAUGGAGCUACAUUCCCUGAAUUAGAAGUACUUGAUAUCUCAAAUUACCCUAGUGGAGAGAUCAGGAGUAUGAUGAAUGUCAAAUUUCCGUCCAGUCUAAAAGUCCUCAAAGCCGUUGGGCACUGUAUUAGAGAUUAUCCGCAGACCAGACUUCCCCUGGGCUUAGAAGAAUUGGAGAUCAAUGUCAGUGAAAAAGCUCACAGAUUACUAUUUCCACCCAAGUUGAAAUGUCUCAAUCUUACACUUCCUAACACUGCGAAUUCCGAGUUUUCUCUCCUAAAUCUCCCGGCUACCCUUAUCAAGCUUGAAAUAACAAAUGGGAUAUGUACUGAAUUUGACUGGAGGCUCCCCCAUUUGGAGGAACUAAAUUUGAAUUAUUUCCAAGGUCGACUUCGAGUUCCUCCAUCAGUGAAGACUUUAUUCAUACACGUAGAAGAUGCAGAACAGUUGAAGAGCAUAGUGGUUACUAAUAAGUUGGGAUACUGUCGCAUUAAUAGUUCAUCUGGAACUUUCAAUGAAGCUAUAACGGAUUUAAUUGAGUUUCAAAGAAGCUAA